AUGUCUUUGCAAUCCAACGGCAGAGAGCUCCGUCCAGCGGAGCACGGGUUGACGAAUCAAGACUUAUCAUCCACACCAACUACAAACGACGACGUUCCGGACAUGCUCUCGUUCUUCGACGGCGGUGGCCGGCGGAAUGCUCAGCCGCCGGUGGCGCUGCCGAUUGCGAAGAACUUGACGUGGAUUGGCGGCGACGGAGGAGGGAUGCCGGUUCACCACAACAGUAAAGAUCACGUGAGGGAAGCAUUAUUGAUUUCCAGCUUGGUGUGUGGAGCAACCGGUAUUGUUUUGCUUGCAGUUUCCGCGUUUGUUUAUGUCUUUAGGCUCAGAAAGGAAAAACAAGUGCAAACACAAGGAGAAACGUCGUUGUCAACUUCAGCAGAUAACGUUGUUGUCGCCCACAAAUGA